GCACCAUUUUCAAUGAAUUUGUUGAUAUUUUAUUAAACAGCACAUUUACUUUAAGCGUUCACUGUUUACCAUAUUGCUACCAUGAUGCAGCUUAACGAGAUGGUAGAGGAUGGAUUCUUACCAGAAGAAAUUUCCAUACAGUCACCACUGCUUGACACAACAAAUAACAACAAUGCUGUUAAUUCAAUGAAUAUAGAUGACGCAUUUGACUUGGAUGGUGCUGCUCUUGAUGUUGCAAAUGAAUGUUUUCAAAUUGGUGACAAUGUUGAUGACUUCGAUGAAGUAAAUAUUGAUAACAUUCAACUGCAUUUGGAAUGUUCUGAAGAUGGUGAAGCUACAGCCUUUUCAAGUGAAUUGUAUGAAAUAAACUGCAAAGCCACAUCACAGAUAAAGUCAGACACUCAAUUUAAAAUUUCUUUUCCCACUAUUGUCAAUGAAGGGAAUCCACUUGCAAAAUGCCCCUUGUGUAAAUCCGUUUUCUUUUCUAGGGAAUUUUUACGAGAACAUGUUGUUCUUAACCACAGAGAUGCAAUUAAUCUGUGCUCAUUUUGUGAUUAUUUCACAAAGAGUAAUAAACUAUUUGCAACUCACAUGAGAACAAGACAUUCAGUUUUGAUUGUGGAUUCAAACAAUGAAGAAGUAAGCACUAACAUUCAAAUACACAACAUGGAGAAUGCUCAAGCAUUUCAAGCCAUUAUAAGUGAAAGAAACCAUAAUUCAACAUGGCAAGAAAUAUUUUUAGACAAUCAUGAACUACAACAAAGUAGUUCCUGCACAGAUAAUGACAGUCCAGUUGAAGAUACAGGUACAUGUACACAUGUCAGCAGUUUUACUAAUGGUGAUGGUUCUCAAAUUUUGGAAACUUCACACCAAAUGUCAGAUGUUUGUGAACAAAUUGUUGAAAAUAUUUUCAAGUGUGAUAAUUGUGUGUAUGUGACACAUCAAUUAAGAUUGUUGAAAUAUCAUAUGAAAACAAUGCAUGAUUCAAGCAGAAAGGAAUAUCAAUGUCGUCAGUGUGAAUAUAAAUGUAAGCAGAAAAAAUCAUUUGAUGCUCAUUUGAAGAAGCAUGAAGGCAUCUUUGAUUUCAAGUGUAAUGUUUGUGAUAAAACAUUUGCAUCGAAGCAUUUACUUACCAGACAUUCUAAAAGGCACAAAGGCAGUGUGAUUGGAAAGACAUCAGUUCAGGAUCUAACCAUUCAUGGGAAAAACAAUUCAACUGAUAACAUUGGCGACAAGUUUGGUGUUGAGAAAGUUGUAGAAAAGUCAACUCAGACUGUGACAGUGAAGCUCAAAACUAAAGCAACACUAUUGCGUAAUACACAUUCCGAAAAAACAGAUAGUUCAGUACAAAGAAGUUCAGAUAAGUUUAAGUGUUCUUUUGAAAACUGUGGCAGAUCCUUUAGAGACAAAUACAAUAUGAAGAAGCAUCUAGAGAUUCAUUCCGGUCAGAAAUCUUUGACAUGUACUCAUUGUGAUUUCAGAUGCAUUCAGAAAACAUCUCUGGACUAUCACACAAGGAAAUACCACUCCUGUAAUAUUAUAAAGAUUGUUUAGCAUGUUUCAAAUUCUAUCAAUUUGUUUUAUGAUAGACAUUUAAGAUUUUCCCAUACACGUACACCAGUCAAAAAGUAAAUUUUUAUGACAAGUUAUUCUGGAAGUUUGCUGAAUUUUACCACAAAAAUGUACUGUUGUUAUACUAUCAAAAGCAAGUUUUGACCCGAGUCAAGCUGGCACAGGUGCUUUGUCAUUGAUACCUGAAAUUUUCAUGUACAUGUGUAGUAUUUGAGUUGUUCUUUUUCUUUUAUAUUAACUACAUUGUAAUACCUCUAGAACAAGCCUUGAACCAACAGCAUACAUCUUUAGUCUUGGGAUUAAAUGAAUAUUGAAUAAAUUGUGUAUUGUUCAUGCUUUUAAGGUAAUGGUGACCUUAACUCAAAACAGUUUUCUCUCAAUCUGUUCAGAACUUUUGCUACUGCAGUCCUCAAAUCUUGUUGGACUAUUGGUCAUUACCUUUAGAUGACCCCUAUGAUUAUGAGGUCAGAAUGUCAGAGAUUAAGAAUGUCAUUUUUUUUUUAAACACAAACUGUUUUUGCUAAAUAUAUCCAAAAUGAUUCAAGUUAACCUACACUCGAAAUGACACCUACUUUCCAGGAUAGGUAUAGAGAGAUCAAGGAUACACAUGAUGCAUUAAAUCACUUGAAAAAGGGCACUACCCUCAAAACAGACUAAUUCGCAGACUAAGUCAAUGUCAUCCAUGGACAUCUGAAUGCAUAGAAUACACCGCCUCCGCAUGGAUCUGAUAGUUGCUUGGAUAUGUUCCUAUGGCAAUGCAUUUCAAUCUUCAACUAAUGUGACACGUAAUUUGGCUGCAGUAGACAGGGAUGUUGAUGUCGGCC